AUUCGUGUCUGACGGCCUCUGUUUAGAACUUUUUACAUGCACGAGGUGGAUUUUCCUUAACUUUCGUGGUGCAAUAGCUAGCAACGAGUUUUUAUAGCACUGCAUACAGCAUUUAUAAGCAGCGCCAUCCCUGUUUACAGGACAUAGCUCAUCCAAAGCUGAAGACCGUGCGCCUUGGAGAGCAUUUUUUUGACAACUACAGCUCUUAACUAUUUCUAAUCUACAACCGGUUCCGUGCUUACGUUAGGGGUUUACGCUAUGAUUUGUGUAUUUAACGUUGUUAUUCUUUUUUAAGUUUCUGUUUAAGCCAUCUGGUCAUCGGGAGGCCACAGGAGUAACGUUAGCGACGUUAACAACUCCCACUUUAUUCACCUCAGCCACUUUCAUUUCAGGUACUGUAGCUCCUCUGCUCCAAUUGCUGUGCCCUGACUAUCCAUCAGGGUCUGCUGUUUGUGCAAGAGGACGUACACUACAGAAGCUGCACAUCCAGCUUCACCGGCCCCCUUCAAGCUCAACCCCUGCGCUAUGAGCAGAGGUAGAGGAGGGCCUUACAAAGAACACUACCACAGACAUCCACCACCCGAUUUCCAGGCCAAAGAGAAUUACUACAGACCUCGGCCCGCCUCACUCUACCCUAGAGCUGGCCCACAGCAGAGCCCAUAUCCAAAUUACUACAACAGCCCUGCCCGUCCUGUAGUGCCCAUACAGUUUCCCCCAUCUCAUUCUCUCACCCCCUCCGCUCCACCCUUACCAAAGCAAAAUAAAGUGGCUUCUAAACCAGAGGCCCUUUACGGUUUGCAUAAUCAGAAUCACGGUCCUUAUCCUGGUCCUAAUUCCUUUCAGUACCAACAGGUCGAGUUCCUGAGAGGACAUCGCUCUGAGGCACCACAGUUCUUAGCCAGUUUACGUGGAGGGGGAGUGGGAGUGGUACCCGAUAGGCAGGCUAGUUCCUCAUCCCAGCCCCAGUCAGGGUACAGUAGAUGUCCAUACCCUGACAGCAGCCCAAGGGGUAGAGGGGGUCAUAGUCAAGAUCAGAAUUUUGUAUACCCAGGAGCCACUCAAGGCACGCCAGGUCCUCGACACCUAAAUCACAACCAGCUACAAGGUACAAACCACAGCUCCAACAGACAAUGGCGCAUGCACACAGACUCUCUGUUUGACAAAUUUCAGAGUUUAUCCCUUCAUCAAAACAGGCCCAACAGAGUAGGAGAAAGGUUUGGCAGGCCUUCUGCAUCCAGCAGCUCUGCAAAUUCAAGCUUUUCUAAAACUAACAUCACUUUCACUUCUGACAUCCAGGACCAGGUUCACAGGGCUUUGGCUGCUUUGAAACCAAGUGAGAGCAUCUCUGCAAAAUUCUUAGCCAAAAAACUGCGUCUGCCCAAAACAAUAGUCAACAAGGCUCUCUACUCUUUGGAGCGCUCCCAGAAAGCCUCCAAGCAAGGACUCCACCCUCCCGAGUGGAGUCUUUACAGAGAAGCUCUCGGAGGCGAGGAAGAUCAAAACUCUAAAGCACAAAUUUCACCUUCCCGUCUGUGUGUCAGCUCAGGACACCCUCCAGUUCCUGAAGCCAAGGUUGAGCUAAAAACAGAAACAGCAGAAAGCAGGGGACAAGGCAAAGAAGAGGACUCUGACACAGAAUCCAGUUCAUCUUACUGCUCCUCUUCAGAGUUAUCUGACUCUGAAGAAUCCCAAUCCCCAGCGAAAGGUCAGCACCAGGAGCCACGACAUCCCAGCACUACCAGCUCCCCUGAUCCAGAACUUGCACUUCCCACAAUGGCGGAACAAAAGGAGCUAGUUCUGCAGUACCUCCUGGCAUCGGGGAUGGCAACGUCUCUUGUAAUAGCCAAGAAUCUGGGUCUUAGGAGUGCAAAGCAGGUUAACCCCACCCUCUACUCACUGGAGAAGCAAGGUGAAGUAAUUAAGAACAGUGAAGUUAACCCCCCCACCUGGCAACUCUCCACCCACCGCAAAGAGAGGAUGGAAAGGAGCAUUAAAGCCGCAAAGAGCAACCGUGUUGAGGGGAAUUGGUUAAAGGAGGAACCCAGAGAUGAGAAGGGAGGAGGGUCUGUCUUUCUGCCGUCACCUCCACUACCACCAAUACCAGGCCUCGAGCCACUGCCACUCCCAGAGGGUUGGAUGCCAGAGCAAAGUCAUAGUGAAGCGUCCCAAUCCUCCCUCCUGCCCACCUUCCUUACCUCAUGCAAAGAUGAAGAGACGAACGAAGGACAGUGGGCUACUGACGAUAUCCCAGAAUUCCUCAACGCCAUUCGCAAAGAGACAGAUGCUGGGAAACUGGCGUCAGAGAAGGCGAACUCCGUGGGAACUAUAGCUGUGUCGUUGGCUGCUCCGCCUCCCCAGAACCUGUGGGCCAAAUUACAAGAGGUGAGGCUGAAGAACCCCGUCAGCGGCCUCAUGGAGUAUGCCCAGUAUCUGGGCCAAAACUGUGAGUUCCUGCUCCUCGACCAGUCUGGACCCUCUCAUGACCCAAGAUUUCGUAUGCAGGUGAUGCUCAACGGGAGGCUGUUUCCUGUCGCAGAAGCUUCUAGUAAGAAGGUUGCAAAAAAAGAUGCUGCUGCAGCCACCCUGCGCAUUCUCAUUGCUGAAAUGCAGGGGGGGUCGAGCACAGGGCACGAGGGUAAUACUGCCAGUGUGGACCAAGUGAUGGAUCUACUCCCAGACAACAGUGCGUCAGCUGAAGGCACGGCGGGAAUUUUUGGGACCGGUGUGGAAGGGAUGGGGACAGUAGAGGGACCUCGCCAGCCACUGUCCCGCUCUCUGCCUGGUGGAAAGAAUCCGGUGUCUGUCCUCAUGGAGUACAGCCAGCGCAGCAGUAACCCCAUCGAAUUCAUCAUCACUGGGCAGGCGGGCCCACCGCAUGACCCAAGGUUCAUUUACAGGGUGAAGGUAGGAGAGAGCCUGUUUGCCGAGGCCUCAGCUCCAAGCAAGAAGGCAGCCCGCCAGCUGGCAGCAGAGGAGGCCGUCAAAGAACUAAUGGCUGACGGGAGACUGCAGCUUAAUAAGCCCCAGUUGCCCCUGGGCUCCUCCAGUGAUAGUGAUGGCAGUGGUUCUGGGACUACAUGUCCCUCCCUUCCUCCUCUGACUGCAGAUGAGUUGCGAGCAGCACACGAGGCAGGGGUUGGAGACCUUAUUAACCACCUGAACAACAACGCUGUGUCGGGUCUUCUGGAGUACGCUAGAGCUCGGGGCUUUGCCGCCGAAAUCCGACUGGUGGGCCAGUCCGGGCCACCACAUGAGCCCAAGUUCACCUACCAGGCCAAGUUGGGCGGACGCUGGUUCCCGCCAGUGUGUGCAUCCAACAAGAAGCAGGGAAAACAGGAAGCAGCAGAUGCGGCUCUACGGGUUCUGAUUGGAGAGGCUGAGAGGGCAGCCCGCACUGGGGAGCUUAUCCCAGCCGAGCUUCCAGUGAGUGGCAGCACUUUGCAUGACCAGAUAGCAAUGUUGAGUCACCAGCGUUUCAACGCCCUGACCACACGUAUCCAGCACAGCCUUCUGGGACGCAAGAUUCUGGCCACCAUCGUCAUGAGGAGGGGGGAGGGCCUGGGGACUGUUGUCAGCCUGGGAACCGGAAAUCGCUGUGUUAAAGGGGAAGAACUGAGCCUUAAAGGGGACACCGUUAACGAUUGCCACGCUGAAAUCAUCUCCAGAAGGGGAUUUGUUCGGUUUCUGUACAUUGAGCUGCUCAAGCACUAUGAUGGCACAGACGACAGUAUAUUUGAUCAAGCAGAGAAAGACAAACUGAAAAUCAAAUCUGACAUCACCUUUCACCUCUACAUCAGCACGGCACCUUGUGGGGAUGGUGCUCUAUUUGACAAGUCAUGCAGUGAGUCAGGGGACGAUGUCGAGGGCCAUCAGCCUCUGUUUGAGAAUGCAAAGCAGGGCAAGCUCCGCACCAAAGUAGAGAAUGGUGAGGGCACCAUCCCAGUGGAGUCAAGUGCUAUUGUCCCCACCUGGGACGGUAUCCAGCACGGUGAGAGACUGCGAACCAUGAGCUGCAGCGAUAAGAUUCUUCGCUGGAACGUGUUGGGUCUGCAGGGGGCGCUGCUCUCCCAUUUCCUCCAUCCAGUCUACCUGAAGUCCAUCACGCUUGGCUAUCUGUACAGCCACGGGCACCUCACACGUGCUGUUUGCUGUCGGCUGGCCAGAGAUGGUGAAGCGUUCACCCAAAGUCUCCCUCCUCCUUUCAUGCUAAAUCACCCAGAGGUUGGCAGGGUGAGUGUGUACGACUCCACGCGGCACACCGGCAAGACAAAGGAGUCCAGUGUCAACUGGAGCUUUCCAGACCAGCACAGUGUAGAGGUGCUGGACGGGACCAAAGGCAAACUGGAUGGGAACAAACUGAGUGUGUCCAGGGUGUCCAAGUCCAACCUGUUCGGUCUGUUCCGCUCUCUGUGCCAGCGGUGUGGCCGCAUUGACUUGCUCAGCCUCCCCUCCUACUCUCAGGCUAAGAUGUCGGCCAUGUCCUUCCAGCUAGCCAAGCAGCAGUUCUUCCGAGCUCUCAGCAGCCACGGUUACGGCGCCUGGAUUGGCAAGCCGCUGGAGGAGAAGAGCUUUGAGUCAGGGGAGGGGAAAAAUGGAACAGGUGUCCCAGUGGGGUACGGCAGCAGUAGAAACGGAGGAGCAAUGGAGUUCAAGCAAGAGGAAGCAUAGAAUGGUGCGGAUGUUCAUUACUGUUAAAGGGAUAGUUUUCUUAUUCAAACCAGCUCUGUGUAAUCAGUGUGUGGGCAGUGUGAACACUGCAGUAACACAGAGCCGGAUUUAAAUCUGCAAAUUGUCUUUUUUUUAGGCAGUAAAUAGAAAUAUAUAUAUAUAUAUAUAUGGAGGGUGAAAAGCACAAGGCUGAUUGAAAAGGUGGAUUAGGACAAUCAAACAGUGCAUAGCCAGGAGCCAGAACUUUAUCAUCUGAUGGAACAUGGCUGCAGACAAAAAGUGACGGAAAGGGGCAGAAUAAAGGAGAGGAAGAGUGCAAGGGCAAAGCCUGAAGGAUGAAUGUUGUCACAUAGACCAACAGAGCUAUGGAGAGACCCACGGCGUGUACAGAUAAUGUAAACACGACAUGAAAAAGGAAUUUGAUUUGAAGUCAGUAAAUCACCAUAGGAAACACUGCUACAACUCUGGGUUGUAUAAUCACUGUUUUAUACCUGUGGGUUGGUUUUAAGUUGUAAUUUUAGUUUUUAUCUUGUCAUUGUGAUGUUAGGCAUAUGUUGCCAUUUUUUUUCUUCCACUGUUCUACUUUAUAUUUAAUCUUAUUUUUGCGGGUUCUGUGACUAUUGCAGUUGCAUUUUGGACUCAGAUUAUUUUGCCUCUUUAGAAUGCCAUUUUUUCUAAUUUUGCCUUGAGAGCUUAAGUAGCUGACAAGUGCUGCUUCAACCUAAUAUGACCCGUCAUUGCAGCAGUGUUUGUAAUAGUGAUUGUGAUUACUUUAUUUUUAAUUUAGAGUUUAAGUCCUCUGUCAUGAAGUGCUUAUUUUCUGCUCUCUAUGUUAUGCUGUUAUAAGCGGGGGCUUUAAGAACAGCGAGUGGAAAUGAUGGGACGCUCUCAGCAGGAAUCUUGAUUUUGGAAAAUUGCACUCAACCUAGAAAAAUGAUGAAAAUUGUAAAUUAGUCCCUGCUCAGCACAGUCCCAGCUUUCACUGUUCAUAAGAAGAACAUCAAUGCCAACGUUUAGUCUGAUCAGUGGCUAACCAAACAUUCACUGUUUGACAUUUGAGGCUUUAUCUCCUGAAGUAUUUGAUCAGGCCCCUUUCUGAGUAAAAUUUAAACUUACUGUACACCUGUCCAUCCUAACACGUGCUUUUGGUUUUCAUUAGCAUAGCAUAGGUCAGAGAAACCCUUUGGUCAGUCCUAUCAUUUCUCUGUGCUUUGGGGCUUUUAUAUAGAAUUACUGAUGUCACGACCUUCAAGAAGUACAAUAUUUCUGUUAUUGCUUGUGUGUUUUUAAGUAGGUCUCCUAUUUUCUUCUCUUC